CAGGGGUGCUGCUUCUCGUUGAACACGCUCUUCUCAGCUACGUUCAUGACUCCCAAUGUAUCGCCGUGGUAGCAAUUGGCUUGAGCCAAAGUAACCAUCUUGGAACCUGUGGCUUCAUCCGACAUAAACUCACCGUACUCCAGCUUAUGGUCGAGCACAUACUUCCGGAACGCCAUCUUCAGAGCCACCUCGACGGCUGUGGAGCCGUCGUCCGAGUAGUAAACACGAGAUGCCCAACCUUUACCAACCGAUGCGAGCAGCUUCUCACUCAACUGUAGAGCUGGUUCGUGUGCGUUCUCCGGGAACAUGACGUGGCCGUAGCGACCUGCAGCGUACGCCAAAGCCGUCGCCAUCUUCGAGUUGCCGUGUCCGACACCUUGUGUCCACCAACUCGCACAGGCAUCAAAUAGAGGCUCCACCGUGUUGCUAUCCGGACGGUAUACACUGAACUCGUCCCCGUGGGCCGAGUCGAUCAUAGAGAGACCGCCAGCCUUCUUAUGUUGUGUGAAUGGCCACCAGAACACUUGCUCAGCGCGCUCUUCCAUGCGUUUGAAGCUUUCCAGUCGAGUCUUGUGGAACGACUUGAGUGCUUUAUUAACAUCAGCAAACACCUUGUCAUGAUCCUCGAACCACUUGUUCAAUGGCUCAGGCAUGGGCGGAACAGCGUUCAUAGUGAAGAUCGGGAUUCCGAGCUCGCUUGUGCGCGGCUCAAGUGCCGCUUUGUUGUCCAGACCGUCUUGUUCAAUCAAGCAGAUCGCAGCCACGUCGUAUCCACGAAUCAGUAGUGUUUCGAGUGCUGACAUAGUCGUAGAGAUUCCACCGAGCUUGCCGUCGCCAACAAGCACCACAGGGAGCCGCAUGCCGCGAUACACAUCCACCUGGAACCUCAUUGAGGCCGAGGGACUGCAUACUCCUCCUGCAGUCUCUACAAGUACUAGGCUGUCUGCAGCUUUUGCUCCAUUGACCUGGUUAAUAGCCUUCAGCUUGUCAGAUAGCAGCUCCAGUAGCUUCUCGUCGGUGAUGGUGUAUCCCUCCAUCUGCGCCGCGAGAUGAGGCGACACGGGGUUCUUCCAUGAGAACAAAGUGGAACAUUGAAGGUCCCCUUGUUUCUGGUCCUUAAGCAGCGCGUGUUUCUCGAUGAAGGAAGCAUCACCGGGGAAGGAACCGGGGAUGUCGUCGUCGGUACCGGUUUGAAGGGGUUUAAUGUACUCAAUGCGUCCA